AUGUCUGACGCCAGAGGGGGUAUUGUGGAGAUACGCAACCGUACCGGAGACAAGGCCCUCACCAACCCUUGUGGUAUCACAACAACCAGCACAGGAGACAUCCUGUUUGUAGACAGAGACACGUGCAAGGUGAUACAGCUGACAGAGUCGGGAGAGUUUGUCAGGGAACUGCUCACGUUAGAAGAUGGUGAAAUGUACGAGUGUCAGUACGUCUUGAAAUCAGUGAUAAUUGUGAGGUCCAAGACCAUCCCCUGUCCCUGCUGUCGACAAGACACCAAGGUCCCCCACCCCAGCAGGCCGGUGGAGGAGUGGGCGGGGCAGAUAAAAGCCAGCAUUGUGAUACAGGGGCUGAUUGACACCUAUACGUCCGAGGUCGCUGUGCAAGAGACCUCGAGCACCUGUUGUACGAUCUGUCAGCAACUAGGGGAGACAACUCCAGCAGCAUUGUGGUGUCCUGAGUGUGAAGUGGCCCUCUGUGACAAAUGUGUGAAGACACACCGGGUGACCCCUACUUUAUUGAACCAUGACCUAUGUGACCUGUCGUCUAGGUCAAAGGUCAAACGGAGGAUCAUGUGUAAGGAACACAAGAGUAACCAAGUUGAGUUCCACUGUCAAGACUGUGGGAAGGCUGCCUGUCAGACAUGUUGUAUCAUCUACCACAGAGCUUGUAAAACUGUCGUCCCCAUUGAGUCUAUGAAGCUAGGGAUGAAGGCAGCACUGAUGGAGAAGAGACGUGGCAUAGAGAAGAGACUGAAAGUGAGGUCGAAGAAAGUAGACAUAAAACAGGAGAAACUCCAAAGUAGUUAUAGAUUCACAGAGUCAGCUGUUCAAACUAUCAGGUUGUUCUGCCAGACAGCCAUUAACAAGAUUAAACAGAAGGAAACACAACUCUUGGAUGAACUGAAUAAGAUAUCACAGACAUGCGCCGGCCAACUCCAAGCUGAUGUGAAGCUGGAAGAGAUCGAGAUGCAGAUGUACAGACAACAUUGUGAGUUCAUUGACCAGGCAUUGGUAUCGGACUGUGAGAUGGACCUGUAUGCCGCGUAUCAGGCCUGGGAAUCUGGAGCUGUAAAGAUGGAGGAUGUCAGGGAUACAAAGGCAGCAGACGCCUGGAGAAUAGAAGACAUCGGGUUUACACCAGGCACUGAAAACGUCCUGAAGGUCUUAGAUAACCUGCAGUUGGGGAAGAUUGACGUCACAUACCAGAAUCAGGGCACAUGUCUGCCAACUCUCUGCUAG